CGCCGUUGCAAAGACUGAACCUCCGCCACCCACAACAACAACAACAAAGGAAGAAGAUUGACAGGAAGGGGUAACUGAAGAAGAAAGGAAGGAAUAGGCGAUGAAAAACAGAGGAAAGUCAAUGAAGGGGAGACAAGGAGGAUGGCAGCCACACACAGCGGCCGCUUCAUCCACCUGACCGCUGACAACGUAGGUGCCUGGAGGGACUACACCAGACAGUGUGUUCAACUCUUGGAUGUCAACAGAAGCAUUUUAGACUCUUAUGUUUUGGAUUUCUUCACUGAAGAUCUGUGGUCUCGGUUGAAUCCAAAGUGGAGAGCUGUCCUUGACAAAUUCAGUCCAUGUGACCUGGCUUCAUUUAUUGAAAACGGUGCUCAUGUCAAGCAGGACAGCCCUUGGCCCUUGUCCCUGCUGGCCUUCCGUGCUGCAUCACACACCCUCUCCCUCCCCCGAAGAGCUGUGUCCUCAGCAGACCCUUUGCUUGACUACCUCAAUCAGCAGGUCCAUACAGACAGCAGUAAGCCUGCUAAGACAGAGAACAAUGUAAAGUCUUGUUAUGGAGAGAGCACAUCAGCACCUGAAUGCAACUUCAAGUCUCAUUAUGAUGGAAAUACAAUGGCACCUUGCUGUCAGAGUGAUGAUAAUGCUGAAGGUGCAUUUAAUGUCUCUCCUGUAGAGCAAGUGUCAGCUUCGUGGGGAGAUGCUGAUUCUGAACUGAGUGCAGCUGCUGGACAACACAAGUUGUUGCAGCAUGUGUUUCGUCGACACCUGAAGCCCAAGAAGCAGCAUGAGGUGGCUCGCCUGGCCAUCGUGGCAGGACAGGUGGCUCGUGCUGCCUGCAGUGGUGUUAUGGUGGACGUGGGCUCAGGGCAGGGCCACCUCUCAAGACUCCUUGCUUACGGCCACAACGUGAGAGUUGUCAGCCUUGAAGCAGAGGACAAAUUCAUUGAAGGAGCCCGGAAGUUUGAUGAUCAGCUGGAGAAGGCUGUGACAAAGAUGUCACAAAGACAGGCCAGCUUACCCCCCCUUCCCCCCGGCCCACGUCACGCUGUCUGUCACCUCCAAGCCAACAUGGACCCACUUGCCUUCACAAAGGUCAUCACGGAGGUGUGGCCGGAUCUCAAGUCAAGAGGAGAGGUGUGUGGCCUCCUGGGCCUGCACACCUGUGGAGACUUGGCACCAACCUUACUCAGGAUUUAUGCCAACAUGUCAGCUUGCCGUGGUGUGGUGUCUGUUGGCUGCUGCUACAUGAAGCUCAGCACUAGCAGUGAAGAGGUGGAGGGUCCUGGCUAUCCUAUGAGCAAUUCUGUCAAGCACCUCAGUGGCCAUGCCCUGAGCUAUGAGGCACGGGAGGUGGCCUGUCAUGCUGUGGAGAUGUACACUGACCGUCUUUCCCUCGGAGCAGAAAAUUUGAAGGUCCACUGCUAUCGUGCGUGCUUGGAGCAGAUCCUGGUGAGGCGCUGGCCACACCACCGCCAUGCCGGCCUCCGCUCCGUGAACAACGCUCACCUCAUGGACUUUCCCAGCUACGCCAAGGCAGCUAUUACUCGGCUGCCAAACGUGUCGCUUCUUGAGGAAGAUUUGACGAGUGAGCAAACUCUUCAUAAUCUCGCAAGGUGGCAGCAGGUUGUUGUGUAUUACUCUCUCAGACUACUGUUGGCACCAGUGGUGGAGUCUGUAGUGCUCCUGGACAGACUCUUGUUCCUGUUUGAGAAUGGGCUGGAGAGUGUUCUGUUUCCUGCUUUUGACCCAAACUUGUCUCCAAGAAAUCAUGUUCUUGUCUCCGUCAAACCAAGUAAUAAAUUAUGACAGUGGA